AUUGACAUUGAUAUUUUAGCGGCUUGUGAAUAUUGUGAUUGAUAAUUUGUGAAAAAUUAAAAAUUCCUAAAACAAACAUAGCAAAACAAGUAAAUUAUAAAUUUAUAUUAAUUAAUAUGAGCAAAAGAGCUAUGAAAAAUUAUGAAACAUCACAGAGACCGGCGAAAGAAUCAAAGAAGCAUUGGUCGUUAGGUUUAUUAGAAUCUAUGAAAGAUCCCGAUUCUAUUUACAAAGAAACAGAUCGUCUUGUAGUAAUAAGAGAUAAAUACCCGAAAGCUAGGAUACAUUAUCUCGUUUUGCCCAAGGAAGAAAUUAGUAGCAUUUUCAAAUUGAACAAAACUCAUUUAGACCUCAUUGAUGAGCUGGGUUCUAUGUAUAAAAGUAUUAAAAAUGAUCACACGGAAAGUGAUCUAGUUGCCGGGUUUCAUGCUAUUCCCAGUAUGCAAAGGCUGCACAUGCAUGUGAUUAGUAAGGAUAUGGAUUCCAAAUGUCUCAAAACGAAAAUACAUUGGAAUAGUUUUACUACAAGCUUUUUUAUACCCUUUGAUGAUUUAUUAAAGAAAUUAGAACAAGAUGGUUGUAUAGAAAGAAUUUCAAAUGAAACUCACAAAGCGUUAAUGUCUACCCCACUAAAAUGCAAUCAAUGUAGUUUUGAACCUAAAAAUAUGCCUCAAUUGAAACAGCAUUUGUUAAGUCAUGUGAAAUGA